ACUCAUGCCGCGCAUCAGCUGCUUGUAGACCGCACUGUUUCCGUGGAGCUGACGGCAAUCUGCUCACGCUACAGGACCCUGUGAAGGAUGACAGUUUCCACCCAUUUCAUCAUCAUCUUGGAAAUCAAGGUGAGGUGCCUUUAAACUCUGGACCAAACCAACAGUGCUGAAAAUGAAGAUCUGUGUUGCUUUUAUUGUAGUAGCUGUUCUUCACAUCGCUCAGGCUGUUUGUCCAGAUAAGAUGUCUGGACUACAACCCUGGACUCCCGGUCACAAUGAAGCCCACAGAGUCACCAUCGGUUACGGCCGCAAAGUCAUCCUCACCUCAUCCACGACCGUCCAUUCCAUCGAGAUCCUCAACGGAGGGAAGCUUGUGAUCGCUGAUUCCAUUCGACCCAUUUUUCUGCGGGCUAAGCACAUCCUCAUCGGGAACAAGGGUGAACUUCACAUCGGCAGUCCAGAAUGCCCUUACAAAGGCAACCUCACAAUCUCUCUCUUUGGCAGGUCUGAUGACACCGAGGUCGAACACAGUUAUUUUGGCCGCAAGUACAUUGGCGUAGGAACCGGAGGAACCUUGGAGAUUCACGGCGAAAAGAAGCUGUCCUGGACGUUCCUGAACAAAACCCUCCAUCCUGGGCAGGGUAAUGAGAACAGCUACCAUUUCGAAAGGAGCUGGGGCAAUAGAGGCAUCAUCAUUCACGUUAUCAACCCCAAGACCGGAGAGGUGCUGCACACUGAUAGGCAUCCGUGGAGUUUUAUUACAGUCAAAGGGGACACGUCCUCAGCGGUCGAGGAUCAUGCUGUCUAUCAGGGAACCAAGGCUUCAUCUGAGGCCAGGAGCUCUCGGGUGUUUCACUCAGGUUACGGAGAGCAUUUCACCAUCACCACCAUCAGUCAGUGGGUUCAAGAGGCCGAAUGGACUGAAUGGUUUGACCGCGAUGACGAGAGGGGGUCAGGUGACUGGGAGAAACUGACCGACCUCCACAAAGCCUUUCCAGAGCGUCUGUGCAGUAACCCUCUUGAUAUUGAGGCUGAAACUCUUGACGGCAUCCCUGCCAACAUGACAGGAGAAGUCUUCUCCAAGUUUGACAGAAACUAUGGCUUUGUAUGCCUCAACAAAGAGCAGGUGGAUGGGAUUUGCCACAACUACCGCGUGCGUUUCCUGUGCGGCAAACUCGGUAUGUUUGAAGCAGUCUGCUUUUGGCUUCCGGAGAAACUCUUUUCUAUCAGUUACUCAUGUCACUCCAAACCUUUAUAA